CUUUUAUCACCUAAUUGGACAUCUACUCGGACAUUUUUGUCGACUGCUAGCGGAAAGUCAGCCACCAAGAGAGCGGGGCAGAUGAGCAGGGUCAACCGGCUUAGGUGCAUCCGAGUGAGCGUCCUCCUUUCCGGUACAUUUAUGGAUGAUGACAUUAUUAUUAUGAAAGGACAACGUGGAAUGAUAGCACCGCUAGUCAACAAAAGCCCCCCAAUGGCCACAGUUUAAUCUCCAUGCCGCAUAAUCUCUGUUGUCUAUCAUGCAGUAUGUAUAUAUGUACACAAUAAGUGCAGCGAUGCAUUUUCUGUGGUAAAAGUACUGGACGUAUUUAUGUUUUAUCCUCGCUUUACUAAGAUCAGCUCAACGUUUAUUAAAGAUAAUGAGAUUAGAAGCAAAUAGAAAACAUUACAGCAAAAACAUGAAUGCAAUGCCUCUUGACAGCAGUGCCCGGCUAUUUUUAAAGACCUACUGCACAAACUUUAGUCAAAGAUCCUCUGUGUAACAAGAGUGUUCUGCUGUUGUUAAGGACCUAGGGAAAACAGUACUCAAAGAUCCUCUAUAUGACAGAAGUGCUCAGUUGUUUUAAAGAUCAAAAAAUGAGUGUCAAAGAUCGUCUACGUGACAGGACCACGUUGCUGCUUUUAAGAACCUGCUGCGAAAAUGUGUGUCAAAGAUCCUGUAUAUGACAAGAGUGGUCUGCUGUGUAGGCUGGACAGGAGAAACGAUACUCAAAGAUCCUCUAGUCUUCUGCUGUUUUUAAGAACCUACUGCAAAAAUGUGAGUCAAAGAUUGUCUAUAAGACAGAAGUGCUCAGCUGUUUUUGAAGAUCUACUGCAGAAACAUUAGUCCAAGAUCCUCUGUGUGUUAGUGGCUCUGGUGUUUUUAAGUAUGGUCUGCAAAAAAAACCCAACACUAGUCAAAGAUCCUCUGUUUGACAAGUCCUGUGCCGUUUUUAAAAACCUGCUGUAAAAAAAUGUGAGUCAAAGACCCUUUAUAUGACAGAACGGCUGUGCUGUUUUUAAUGACCUACUGCAAAAAAAAAAAAAAACCUAACCAAAGAUCCUCUAUAUGGCAGGAGCAGAACUCCAGUCAAACAUUGUCUGGGACGGAAGCGCCCUGCAGUUUUUAAGUACAUUUGCAAAAACAGUCUCUAGAGGAAGAACAGGAGUGCUCUGCCGGAACCGACUGCAGGAAUGCUAGUCCAAGAUCCUCUAUUUGACAGGAGUGCUCUGCUUCAGAAACAUUAGUUAAAGAUCCUUGAUAUGACAGGAGUGCUACUAUGCAACUUUUCAGGACCUACUGCAACAAUGCUUUUCAAAGAUCCUCUAUUUGACAGAUGUGCUUACUGCACAAACGCUGGUCAAAAAUAGACUUAGCAUGUUUUUAGCAGCACUGUUGGCGUCCCCCUUCCGCCUCGUGCUGAAUGGCAUCAUGGAUAUCGAUGUCCUAUUUUGCGGCCAGCAUGGUGUUGGUACGCCAAAGCAGUGACGUGCAGCCACCUGCGUACUGGUUAAACUGGUAUGAAGAGAUGUUGGCCAAACAAUGAAACAAGAGGCUUCUCUCUUCCUGUCGUCUGAAUGCAAAAUGACGGUCCAGGAGGGUGGGAAGUGAAACAUUAUCCCUCCAGGAUGGUCACGCCACUCCCACGUUUUGCAGGCCUGUCUUACUAGCUUGCUACUAGAUACCAGAGUUGUAUCGUUAUAUAGUAUGUAGUUGUAUUUUUAUAUAGUAUGUAUACUAGUUGGGUUUCUUUUGAGUAGAGAAGGAAUCAACAGCACCCCUGCUGGUUGCAGUCACCUACUGCACUUCAUUGCUUCAACACGAUGAAUCAAUGCCACGGAUGAAUGGAUUAUUAUUCCCAUGUCUUGUCUUGGUUAUCUACAAGUGGAUUUUUUUCUCCUCCUGGAUGUCGUGGAUAGCGGCGCUUGAAACGCUGGCAGACUCGCUGACAUCAGUAAUACUGGAUGAGCUUUUUUUUUUUUUUAAAUGACCUAAUCCGUCCUAAUCAUUCUAGAUUAGACUGCUGACCGUCCACGCUGGCCGGAAUGUCGCAGGCUCUUUCCUCUUGUAAAGAUAUUGAUCUGUCUUUGGCAGCAGGCACGAUCAAUCAAUCAAAGAAAAAGAACUGAACAAAAGUUGGUUGUUGCUCCGGCUAGCCGCCAGGGUCCUAAACGGGUAGCUAAACUAGCCCUGUUUUAUUGCUCCCCUGAUAGCUCUUGGGUCUCGCCCCAAGGUUACAUCAUUAGCAGCCAUCACUUGUCAGCUUUUCGCCAUUCCGUUGUGAUCCUUGGCACGUGAACGGGGGGGGUCUGGCCAGCAGCUGCUCCUGCCGCCGUCGCCGCCGUCGCUUGGCCCGAGCACUGGCCCUUCCGCCACCUGUGCCCGCUUGUCGAUUUGAUUCCUGCAUUACCGCUUUGUCACCCACAACACGGGUCCCGUUGAAGCGGGUGACGCGGGCUAGCAGCAGCUUGGAUCAUUUGUGUGUUUAGCUCCUUGUUCCAUCCCAUCAACAUUUGCAUCGUGCCUUCAAGCUAAAACCAGGACUGGGAUAACCUGUUAAUAAAAAUAACAGUAUUGUGGCCUGCCAUAGCACUUUGAAAGUUUAAAAACGAGAUGCACGUGUGGCACGGUUGUCUUCACGUUGACGCUGGUGUCUUUUCAUGGAACCGAGGUUCUGGCUGGGCAGCCUUCAUGACGUAAGUCGAAUAUUUCAAACAUCUGAUGGUUAUUUUUACAUUCUGCUACAUUACAGCCUUCAGAAAGCGUACUUUUUGCAUUUAAAUUUAGAUUUUUUUUUUUACCUUUUACACUUCUUUUUACUAGCACAGUGUGUAUAAUUAGACAAUUAGAUAUAAUUAGAUGCCAAAAUCCUUACAUUUAUUAAUGCAUAAUUGGCCAAUUUAGGCCAGAAACUGAGAAAUACAUGUAGGCGGCUGACUCUUCUAAUGGGAUGGGAUGGGAUGUCCGCCUCUGCACACAUAAACUAUAAACAUCUUCAUCAUGUCAACAAGAUGUAGGGACGAUGUAGAGGUUCCACUGGAGUUUGAUGUUGAACAUUCAAAACCCCGAAAUUUUGACCAAGGAAAUGACUCAAAUUCCACCAUGACAAGGAAUGUGAAAUCCUAACUUGUGAACUGUGUAUGUCCAGUGCCCCCUUUGUUUGUAUUAAUGUUGACGGUUUGUUAAAAAAAAAAUUUUGGAAAAAAUUAAGUAAAAAAAAAAAAAAAAAAAACUUUUUUGGGAAAAUUUUGGAUGUACCAGGAUGUACAGGAAGUCUGCAUCCACAAAAAGAAAAAAAUCCAUCCAUUCCUCAUUUAUAGUUAUGUUGAAUUGUUUUCUGCAUGUAAGACGAUAAUUAAUCUCUGUUAAAUGAAUUUUUUAUCAAUAUUCUUUUCUACUUGCAUAAAAUUCCCUCAGUUUUUGCAAAUUUUUUCAAGGAAUUGAUCAUGAAAAGUGAGGUUGCACUGUACUUAACGGUAUAAUUCCAUGUAGUUUGUAGUUUGUAGCAUGGCCAGUUGAAUUAAUCAAAUAUCAGACAAGUACAUGAAAAAAACUCCUUUUGUCGCCUCCAUUGCUUAGUUUUGUGCGAGAUAAGUUAACUAUUUCCUGUCCAGAAAGCAUGCUGCACAGUAGCUGCCCGGGCUGGUUUUAGGUGUCCGGGUUGAAACGGUGAGAUGCGAAUAGCAGGGCUUACAUCAUCCUUCUGGGAAUAGCUGCAAGUCAGGGGUCUUGGUGCUUGCGGUUGGCCCCCUUUUUUUUCUUCUGAUGUAUAUUCAGACUGUGUGUGGUCACGUCCAAAUAUACGGUCCCGUAUGAAUUACACAGCAGUAAAGUCAGAUGGAUAGAUGUGACACGGACUGCAUAUGUAUCCACACCUUGGACCACCUCAGAUUUAUAUGGCCCGACUCUGAGAUGUUUCGUGGAAAGAUCCAUCUUUCACAAAAGCCAAAGACAAAGUAACACAUGUUCAGGAUAAUCCUUUCUUGCUAGCUGAACUGAUUUUAUUUUAGGACGCAUAUUUUACAGAAAAUGGUCCACUGUGUGUGUAAAUACAGUGCUACUAUGAAUGAUAUGAAUACAGCAAUAUGGACGUGGCAAUAUGCAAGGCAUUAUUGGAAGUACACGUUAGCUGCUUUAGGUUUUCACAGCGUCAGCGAGUGAUGUUUGGCGCUUUUAUUUCCAUGGAAGUUGAACAGCUGCUGGCUACUUUCUGAUGUCCAGGCAGACGCUGUAGCAGUUCUACAUUUGAUGAUGUUUCAGAUCGACCCACAUGGAUGUUGGGACUGGUCAGCACCUUUAAUCACUGAGUGCUUCUAUCGACAGCGCCGACCCUCAAGGACCGGCUAUCACUGGUUCCGUUUCAUUCCGUGUUGCCAAUUUUGCAACGUUGUUGCUACAUAUAGCGAGUAAGGGCAUCGUACUCAGCUCUUGAUCAACAAAGCCAAGAAUGUAGAGCCAAAAUGUUAACAAAGUUUCUUGUCAAAAACCGGGGCCUUUGAAAACCGAGGAUUGACUGUAGUUUGCUCCGUGCAGUAUUGUACUGGGAAAGAGUACAACAAUUUAGCCAAAUUUCAGACAAAAACCGAAUCGUUCAAAAACCGGGGCGUACGAAAACUGAAGUUUGAAUGUAGUUUGUUAUGUGCAAUGUUGCACAAAAACAGUGUAUAAAAACCAAGGCAAAAUUUCAGACAAAAUAUCAAUAACAACAAACAAAUCAUAUGCAAAUUGAGGUGUACGACAAGUUUUGACUGUAGUAUGUGCCGUAUCAUACGGAAAACUGAGACAUUGUACGAAAACCAAAGCAAAAUUUUAGUCCAACCCAGGUUUACGAAAAUCGUGGAAUGACAUGCAGUAUUGUAUGGAAAACCUAGACAGUGUACAAAAACCGAGGCAAAAUUUCAGACAAAAUAUCCAACAAAAAACAAAUGAUAUGCAAAUUGAGGUGUACGACAAGUUUUGAGUGUAGUAUGUGCCAUAUUGUACAGAAAACAGACAUUGUACGAAAACCGAAGCAAAAUUUUGGCAAACAUUUUAGUCCAAUCCAGGUUAAUGGAAACUGGGGCAUACGAAAAUUGAGGAAUGACGAGCAGUAUUGUACGGAAAAGACCCCUGACACCCCUACCUAAUAGUAUUAAUAACAUGAGGCGCCCACUAUGCUAGCUUUUCAGCUUCCAGGAAUUGUGCAACGUGGGGCUGUGUAUUAUCCCGCUGCAACAUGAGGUGAUGGUCUUGGAUGAACGACACAUCAAUGGGCGUCAGGUUCUCCACACCAUGAGUCUGUGCAUUCGGAAUACCUAAUAAUCAAUCUUUGUUGACCUGCCCAUACCAUACGCCCACCCCCACCAUGGACAGUCGGUCUACAACACACAGGACAGCAUACUAGCAUACUCAUCGGACUUGUCGCCCAGUGAGCGUGUUUGGGAUGGUCUAGGUUGGCGUCACACCAGAUACUCAUACCGAUGAUACCACUGGAAUGCCGCCCAGGCCCACCUACAGCUAAACCCUUUGUUGUUGCCAACCGGUCUAAUCAGCAUCUUGCCAGACUUGUGCCCAAUAUUGGUGAGAGGCCUUGACGUUUGGCGUCUUACAAGUGUUGUGUUGAUAUUUUUGUUGAGUGUAUAUUUAUAUUUACGACGACGGUGUGUGUCACGGACGUUUGCGCGUCUCUCUGCGAGGUGACCCCCGUUGGGCGUCCUGACAGGUGAUCAAAGUGUCAGCGCCAGAAAAGUGAAAGAAAAUCUCGGCAGAGGAAUUUGACAGUCGUCUGUGGAGUCAUACCCAGUCCCCCCCGAGCAUAGCCCCAUGUUGACGAAAUGCGUGGACUACUGUGUGACAUGAACCCACACACUGUGUGUGUGCAGCAGUGUUUGUGUACUCUUCAAUGACACAAACUAUUUUUUCAUGAUUUUUUUUUAUAAUAAAAACAUGUUUUACUACUCUUAAAAUAGUUUAGUGCAUGGGUACUCCGGUGUCCUCCCCCAUUCCAAAAACAUGCUAGCUUCAUUUGCCACUCCAAAUUGUCCAUAGGUAUGAAUGUGAGUGUGAAUGGUUGUUUGUCUAUAUGUGCCCUGGGAUUGGGUGGCCACCAGUCCAGGGUGUACCCCGCCUCUCAUCCGAAGACAGCUGGGAUAGGCUCCAGCAUACACGUGACUGUAUAGAUGAAGAAUAGAUGGAUGGAUGGAUGGUUGGAUUCACCAAAAACCAAUAAUACAGGAACAGAGGUGUAGGAAACUUGAAUGUUGACUGUAUUUUGGUACAUGUGGUGUGGUACGUGAAACUGAGACAUUGUGAGGUAAAAUCUUUGUGAAAAUAUUUGUCGAAAAUUGGGGUGUAUGAAAACCAAGUAAUGACUGUAAUUGGCUACAUGUAUUGUACGGAAAACCGAGGCAGAGCUUUGGAGAACAUUUCCAACAACAUACGCAAACUAAGACAAUGCACAAAAACUGAAGCAAAAUUUUGGCAAACAUUUCCACCGAAUCAUACCGAAACCUGGUGCUGACAAAAACCAAGACAGUGUACGAAAAACCAGGCAACAUUUUGAUGAAAACCAGAGCGUGUGAAAACCGAGGUUUGAUUGUGUCGAUGUGUGCGCUAUAUUGGAGUGUGUGCGUGUGCGUGAUAAAAUAGAGUUAGUCCGGCCUGUCACUUAGCCCCCCUCCCGUCAGUACUGGGGUGGGGGGUAACUUUCCAGUGUCAUGGACCAGCAUGCCUGAGUCUGUAAAUAGCAGAUCUGAUCACGGCUUCACCCAAACAGGGAAGUCUCUCUCUCUCUCUCCUCUCCAAACUUUCUCCCGUGGUCUCAGUGCUUCCCAGGCUUUAACGCGUGGCGGAAUACGACCCGGCCAAGGGGGGCGACUCGGGAAGAAGACUGGGAAAGUAACAUUUCAAACAAGACCAUAGAAAAACACGCAGCGGAUCGCGGCUCAUCUUUUUGCCUGUUCUGUCAAAAGCCUCCCUCUCAUCCUGUUUGGCUUUUAUGACGGAAAGCGUGUCUCCCAGCUGGAUAUCAGUAAGAAGUACCAGCCAAUAUGAAUACAGAUAGCGGAGGACGUGCUCGCAAAAGCGUGGCCUUGUCACUCACGCUCUCGCCCGUGAAGAGGGUCCAGAGCUCACCAGAUCUAGCCUCAGGGACCGAUCCACGCUCGUCCGACUUCAACUCCUGGCGCUCCCACAGUGUGACGGAUGGCCUGAAGAACGGAGACGCCAUCAGCUCCUCUCUGGCCGCCAAAGGCUUCCGUAGCGUCAGACCCAACCUGCAGGACAGAAAGGGGGCCUUCUGCCCUGACUCCACAGCACGCCACUCCCCCUUCCUCAGCCACAGCUCCGAAUCCCUCGAGUACCUGUCGGGCCUAAUGUCCAAGGCCAUGUCACCCAGCCCGUACGCGGCUAGCGGAGCCGUCCUGGCGUCCGUCAGCAGCUGCGCGUCGCCCGUGACGGUCUCGGCUCUCAGCCACUACUCCUCCUCCUCCACGGCGGGCCUGCUGGACGAGCUGCAGAUCUGUAGCCUGGACUCGCCCGGCGCCUCGCCCACGCCGUCGCCCACCCUCAGUCACGUCUCGGCUGCCGCCGCCGCUGCCGCCACCGCUGGCCUUGACGACGCGCUAACAGCCGCUGUCACUAACGGCGCGGUCCUGUCCCACGCUAUGAACGGGGGCUCCGCUCACGCCCAGAGACCCCUCUCUCCUCCCUGUUACCCUCCUCCACCCGCCUCCCUCCGCCAUACGGGCCUCCUGAGGCACAGUCGGAGCUCAGAAGGCAGCGAGUCCUUCUCCAGAGAGUCGGUGGCGUCGGGCUUCACCAGCGUUGGCAGCACUGUGCCCCUUGCCCGCUUCUCAGAGGAAGAGAAGAAAGUGUCCGUCAUCAAAGCCCCCCACUAUGAAGGUAUCGGACCUGUGGACGAGUCUGGCAUCCCCAUCGCCAUCCGCACGACCGUGGACAGACCCAAGGACUGGUACAAGACCAUGUUCAAGCAGAUCCACAAGGUCCACAAAGCAGAUGAUGAUUAUUCAGACACCUACAGUGCAACGUACGCCAUCAUCAACAACGAUGACUACAGCGUGCCCCCCAGCGCCACCAUGGCCCACCCGGCCCCAAGGACUCACACGUACAGACCUCUCUCCAAGAGCCUCUCGGACAACAGCGGCCACCUCUCCGCCCGGGAUCCCUCCCCGUCUCCAGUCCCUCCGCCGCCGCCGCCCCCGAUGCCGUCCCUGCUGCAGCUGAGGGCUCGAGACAGCGACAGAGACACGCCAGAUAUGAAUGAAUGGGGCCCCCCCGACAGGAAAGUGGACACACGGAAGUAUCGCGCCGAGCCCAGGAGCAUUUUUGAAUAUGAACCCGGGAAGUCCUCCAUUCUGGAGCAUGAAAGACCUAACUAUGAUGACAUAGAUUUAGACAACGAGCCUUGGUAUAAGUUCUUUUCCGAGCUGGAGUUUGGCCGUCCGCCUCCUAAAAUACGACUGGAUUAUAAUCCAGACGUCUCGGCUCGCCAGCACAUGGAGACGUCCCUGCCGGUCGCCCCCGCCGACAAGCUCCCCGAGAGACCUGUGAGCGCCGCCAGCGACUACAGGAAGAGAAGGAAGUCCGAGCCUUCGAGCUCCCAAGCGAACGCUCCGUCCUGUCAGAGCCGCGUCGUGACCGCCCCCAAAGCGUGGGACGCCAACAGGCCCGGCAGCAGCAGCAGCCUAAAGAAACCUGUCAUUCGCUCGUCGCCAUCCUCGCCCUGCAGAGCCAAAGGUGGGGCCGCAUGCGUCAUGUAUUCAAACACUUUGACCUUUCCGGGUCCUUGCCAGCACCCCUCUCUGCCCCCUACCCCCUCUGGGCCGGAUGGCGGCCCCUCCUCUUGGCGGGCGAAGCACCCGGAUGCGGAGGAGGCGCUGCCUCCCGCCGGCAAGCUCAGGUCUCGCAGCUGCGACGACUUGCUGAGCGACGACGGCCCAAGCAGGCGCCGCACCUGCCGCUCGGAAAGCGCCGGAUCGCUGUUCUGCGACGGGAACAACUCCGAUUCCAACGGAUCCGCCUCCGUUGGGUCGGCGCCUCGUCUCCACAGGCGACUCCCGCGUGAUUCCCCGGACUUUUUGAAGCUCUACCGCAAGAUGCAUCACAUCGACAGAUCCCAUCUCAUCUCCUCCGAAGUCAUCCGCUCGGUCCGUGCCCGAAUCCUGGAGCUGGAGCAGCAGCCUCACCUGCAUCUGCAUCGCCUCGCUCCGUGGUCGCCCGCGAGCGGCAAGGAGGUGCCGCACGACACGGUGCCGCACCGCAUUUCCGAAUACGAACACCUUAUCCAGAAAUCCAAAUCCAUGCCCAACCUGGGAGAUAGCGAAGUUCCGUCAGGCGCUACAACGCCAGGUGGCUCGUCGUCCCGAGCUAGCAGUGGCGGUGGCGCCGGCACCCCCAGUUUCCCCAAACGCCGCUUCUCCAUCGAGUCCCUGUUGGAAGAAGACGACAAUGUCAGCAGACCGGGACCUCACACCGUGGAUCACUCGCACAAGCCUCGAAGCCCACCCGAGGGCCAGCCUCGCGUCGGGCCGGAACCCACACGUGGGCGUUCCUAUCUGGCUCCCCCCGUCCCCCGAGCCCCGCACGCCAACCUUGACUACUCUGACAGCGAGCAGGACGCCAUCGCCUCAGACCUCAGCGACUUCAUCCAGGUGGAGGGAUCCUCGUUCUGCAGCGAGAGUGACUUUGACCACUGCUCCCUCACCUCCUCGGAGAGCCUGUACGGCUCCACCACGGGGCGCCGCCCCCUCCGCCAUCACCACCACCACCACCCUGGCCACCAGAGUGUUGGCCAGAGCCAGGGCUACCAACACCGACACCUCAUCAGCUCUUGCAAGGGCCGCUGCCCCGCCUCUUACACCCGCUUCACCACCAUGCUCCGCCACGAGAGAGAGCGAGCACGCCAGGACCGUCAGAGACCUUCGCCGCAGAGUCGCGGCAGCCGCUCCCAAGUCCAAAGCUCCCAGUCCCAGCAAUCCAUGUCCAAGCUGGCCUUCCUGGUCAGCCCAGUGCCUUUCCAGAAGAAAAAGGGCUCGCCGCCGAGUUGCAGGAGGAGCAGCAGCACCGCAGGAGGUCGAGGGAGCAGACCCAAGUCCAAGCAGGCCAUCUACGAAGCGUUGGACGCCGCCCUCAGAGACAUCUACGAGCACAUCCAGGCCGAGCGAGGCCACAGAGGCUCCAGGCCCCCCGACGACAGCAUCCUGAGGAGAAUACUCUCGGAACUGCUGCCGAGCGUUCCAGAGCGAAGCUCCUCGCUGCCGGGGAGGAGGGGUCACUGGCAUGACGGCGGCCGCUCAUGCGCCACGCCGUACACAGACGGGAGCCCUGCAGGGUACGCCUCAUACGGGGGCGAUCCGCCCACGCCGCAGUUACAGUCACCACGGAUACAGUCGCCCAUCAGUGCCUGUUACGCUCGCCAUUUGGACGCCUCCAACGGCAACCAUUACGAGGAGGAGCAUGGCGAUGGGAGCGGUAUCUGUUGUUCAGAGCAGGAUGUCCCCCGGAGUUAUUCCACCAUGGAUGGGCGACACACACCCCAGAGUAGAAGAGGCCCUCCCGACAGAGAGGUUUCCCAUAAGCAGAUGACACAACUUAUUCUCUUCUCUCUCCUCCAUCAGAAGCAGCCCGCCAGAGCCGUUUACGAUUUUAAGGCCCAGACAGCUAAGGAGCUGACGUUUAAAAAGGGCGACGCCGUCAACAUCAUCAGGCAGAUCGACAACAACUGGUACGAAGGCGAGCACCGCGGCCGCGUGGGCAUUUUCCCCAUUUCUUACGUGGAGAAGAUGGCGUCCGUGGAGAAGCAGCAGCAGCCCAGCCGCCCUCCCCCGCCGGCCCACGUCAGAGAGAUCGGCGAGGCGGUGGCUCGCUACAACUUCAACGCCGACACCAACGUGGAGCUGUCUCUCCGAAAGGGCGAAAGGGUGGUGGUGAUCAGGCAGGUGGACCAGAACUGGUACGAGGGCAAGAUCCCAGACUCCAGCAAGCAAGGCAUCUUCCCUGUGGCCUACGUCGACCUCAUCAAGCGCUCGCCCUCCAAGAGCUCUUCCCACCACCUGGACCACCACCUGGACCACCACCUGGACCACCACGGUUACCCCGGCAGCAGGACGUCAAGCUCCACCCCCGUCAAGAGAUUAGUCCAGGAUGCUCUUCAUGGUGGAGGAGACCCGUUCCAGGCAGUGUACAACUACGCGCCUCGCAACGAGGACGAGCUGGAGCUGAGAGAAGGCGACGUUGUGGAUGUGAUGGAGAGGUGUGACGACGGCUGGUUUGUGGGGACGUCUCGGAGAAGCAAGCUGUUCGGGACCUUCCCGGGAAACUACGUCAAGCAGCUACCGUGAUGGAUUCCCUCGCCCGUAUGGCCCCGCCCCCACCCUCGCCAUCGACGCUCUGACCCCGCACCCCACUCAGCACAGCAGAAGAGGUCACCUGUGGACCCCUGCCCCACGUGUGUGUGUGUGUGUGUGUGUGUGUGUGUGUGUGUGCAGCGCUCACUAGCCAUCUUCAACAGAAGACCUCUGAAGGACUUUUUUUUUUUUUUAGGUAUAUCUUUGUAGGCUUAUUUUUCUAUCACACAAAACCCACAAUAGUUGCAAAGGAUGGACACUGAUGGAAUGGAGGGGGGGGGGUCUACGUUUUUGUUUCCACCCCCCAAAGACGUUCAGGACGAUGAGUUUUGAGGAUUUUGUUGCACAAAAACUCGUAGAAAAAACAAUAACUUUUUAUUUCAAUACAGUAAAUCCCCGCCCUUGGGCGCAAAUUAUGGAUGCACAUUUAUGUUAUUUGAAAUAAUAAUCCAUUACUAAAUUUUUUUUCCCUCCAUUGUGGCCGGAAGGGGGAGCACCUGCUGUGGCCCAGCAUGGUGCACUAUAUUCGGGCACACGCUCCGAGCAGCCCUGGUGUGCUAUGGAAGUCAGGAGGAGCCACCCAGCAUGGUGCACUGUAUUCAGGCACACGCUCCGAGCAGCCAAUUUACAAAUACCGCGAUGUUGGCGUUUCUGGUGGCACCACGGGGAAUCUUUUAUCCCCGCAUCGCAGCACAGUUGGUACAGCUAGCAUGCGGAAACGUCUUCCACUAAUGCCACAGGCAGGACAAAAAUUGGGUGCACCCCUACUUAUUAGGAAUUAGAAAUGUCCAAAGGGGCGGGGAUUUACUGGAUGAAAAAAGGGCGUGGCUGUUAGGAUUUGUUAUGCACUUUAACUCAACUUCUGAUUGGUUGCAAAUUUCACCAGAACUGUAGAGCGUGUGUGCUGUUUAUUUUUUUUUUGGGGGGGGGGGGUCGCUUGGUUGCGUCCAGCCCAGUCGAGGACUGUGACGUCAUUUUGUCUUUCACGGCCACCAAUUAACGCAGCUGUUGAAGGAUUGUUUGUAGGGAGCUUGAAUGAGUCAACACCCGCGUCCUUUUAUUAUUUAUAGAAGUGGUUGUCCACCAGGGGGCGCCAUUUAUGACUAUCGUAGCUAAAUAGGAGCAUCUGAGAAAGGUAGGCUUUUAUUUGUCACGUUGGUUUAAGCACCUUAAGAUAUAUUUUUAAUCAUCAAUAUUCACGUCACGUGUUUGUCAUCCUGUGUGUGUGUUUUGUAAGGUUUUUGUAUGUCCAGAAUCCACAUGCUUUAUAAAAUCAUCUUUUUGUCACUCCACUCCACUCGGGUUUCUUCAUUUCUCCUCCACCCUUCCUUCCGACUUGUAGCUUUAUUUUUAAGCCAACAGCGCUCUCUGCUGGAGCUUUCUUUUUUCUCCCCUUGUAAACAAAUGUAUGUGACGCUCGCCUUAGACCCACCCCACUGUUGGCUGGGCAGCCACGUUCAUGUGAUCGAUGCAAAAAAUAAUCAAUACUAUUGAUGAUGAUGAUGAUGAUGUAGGGUAGAAAGAGUUUUGAAAAUAAAUACGUUCCAGCGUAUUUGUACCACAAAGUGUACACCAAACGUCUUUUUCCUCCUAGGAUUUCUAAUAAACGCUUGGAUUGAUCGUGUCAA